UUUCGACCGGGUAUAUGCUACUGGGAAGCUGCAUCUGACAGGCUGCAGGCAGACAUCGAAAGCAUCGGUUAAACAGUUCGGCGUAGAGGAGAAAUGGCGUCUGGAUGGGGAAUCAAUGGAAACAAAGGGAGGUGUUACGAUUUCUGGGUGGAUUUCAGCGAAUGCAUGUCCCGUUGCAGGGAGCCCAAAGACUGUUCUCUCCUUCGUGAGGACUACCUCGAGUGCCUCCACCACUCCAAAGAGUUCCAGCGAAGAAACAGAAUUUACAAGGAAGAGCAGCGAAAACUAAGAGCUGCUGCACGAAAGGAGAAGGGGGGUGGGGAUGGUGUUGUUAGUCAUCACACCUAGCCGUAAUUUAUAAUCAUUUGAAUUUCAAGAAUAAAUAUUAUGGAGAUGUAUUUUUUCCGGACUGGUAUUCUAACUUGUUUCAAGUUACUGGUUUUCUUGUUUUGCCUGAUAUAGACCUUUUUUUUUUUUUACUGGUGCGUGCAAUAAGGCCAAUAGUUUACCUUCAUAUGCAGUUAGACUGAUAUGCUUAUCAGCAGAGUUAAUUGUGAUGGUUUUUGAAGCCUUGAUCGUCCUUUUUUUGUGAUUCUUAUGGAUCAGUUUGACUAA